UUCACCAUUCGGCUCGCGCGCUCCCAAAUUUCCCCGCCCGUAGUCUCGCCGCCCCUCCCCUCCCCUCCCCUCCGAUCCCCGCCGCCAUGAGCUCCACCUCAUCCGGCCGCCGCGCCCCGUCGACGGCGGCGGCGGCGGCGGCGGCCGCCUCGUCCCCGGGGCAGAAGCGGUCGAGGGACGAGGCCGGCGGCGGGUCCCCUUCGGACCCCGACGCCGCCCCCGCCAAAAACCCUCGCCGCGCCUUCGCCUCCUCCCCGUUCGCCGACUUCGGCAGCUACAUGGCCGCGAAGAACAGAAAGCUCGCCGCGCAGUUCGACGCCGACGCCGCCACCUCCGGCGCGGCCACCGGCGGAUUGUUCAUCGGGGUCUCCAUCUUCGUCGACGGCUUCACCAUCCCUUCUAGCCAGGAGCUGAAGGAGAUUAUGCUGAGCAACGGUGGGCGUUUUGUCAACUACUUCUCAAGGCAUACGGUGACGCACAUUGUUUGCACCAACCUGCCUGAUAGCAAAAUGAAGAACCUGAGAGCAUUCAGCAAGGGACUUCCUGUUGUGAAGCCGGCAUGGGUGGUGGAUUCUCUGGCAGAGAACAGGCUCCUCAGCUGUGCUCCCUAUCAAAUAAAUCAGAAUAGCUCUUCAAGCCGAAAGCAGAUGAAGCUUUCUGCUUUCUUUUCUGAGAAACAAAAUGAAAUACGCCACCAGGGGGAGCAAAACAAUCAAAAUAAGGACAUUGAGUUCCAAUCUUCUUCUGCUCAGGAGGUAUCACAGUUUCAAAGUGGGGAGUUUGGAAGUGAAGUUUCAUUGGAUAAUACGGAGUUAUCAAAGGACUCGUUAUCCUCAGAUGAACAGAUGGCGUCAUCAUUUGAAGAAAGAGUUAGUGGAGAUUUUGCAGUUGAUGAGGGUGAGUAUGAUUGUGAAACUGCAUGUUCAGAGAGGAGGGGUAAUGACAUGGAUGGUAAAUUUGGUGUGGCUCAGUCCCCUGAUGCUAAGUCAAGGUGUUCAAACUUAUGCAGUACAAGCUCCACAGGCAGCCAUUUGUCCAUUCCGCUGGAGAAACGUGCAGCUAAACCUUCUAAUCGGCCACAUUCAACCCUCACAGACCCAAAUUUUGUUGAGAAUUAUUUUAAGUACUCUCGACUGCACUUCAUUGGGACAUGGAGGAAUCGGUACAGAAAGCGCUUCUCAAAUUUACUGGAAGCUAAAAGCAUUAAGUUGAAUGCUGAUCAUUCAGAGAAGAAAACAAUUAUUCAUAUUGAUAUGGAUUGCUUUUUCGUGUCUGUCGUCAUCAGAAAUAUGCCAGAAUUGCAUGAUAAACCAGUAGCAGUUUGUCAUUCAGACAAUCCUAAAGGAACAGCAGAAAUAUCAUCUGCAAACUAUCCGGCACGAAAUUAUGGAAUAAAAGCUGGCAUGUUUGUUAGAGAUGCUAAAGCUCGAUGUCCUCACCUAAUGAUUGUUCCAUAUAACUUCGAUGCAUAUGAGGAGGUUGCUGAUCAGUUCUAUGGGAUCUUGCACAAACAUUGCAGUAAGGUUCAGGCUUUGAGUUGUGAUGAAGCCUUUUUGGAUAUGACUGAAUGCUUGGAUGAUGAUCCUGAGGAAGUAACACGGAGAAUCAGAAGUGAGAUUUUUCAUGCAACUAAGUGUACUGCUAGUGCAGGUAUUGCUGAAAACAUGCUCCUAGCUCGGUUAGCUACCAGAUCCGCAAAGCCGAAUGGACAAUGCUUUAUUCCCUCUGAAAAGGCUGAUGAUUACUUAAGCAAUCUCUCUAUCAAAGCACUUCCUGGCAUUGGUCAUACAGUUUCUACUAAACUGAAAAGCAAAGAAAUUGAAUAUUGUGGCCAACUUCGCAACAUUUCAAAGGAUGCCCUCCACAAGGACUUUGGAAAAAAGAUUGGUGAUCUUUUAUGGAACUAUUGCAGAGGAAUUGAUAAUUCAGUUGUUGGUUCUGUUCAGGAAACAAAAUCUGUGGGUGCCGAAAUCAACUGGGGAGUCAGAUUUAACGACAACAAAGAUGCUGAGCAUUUUCUUACCAACCUCUGCAAGGAGGUGUCUCUACGCUUGCAGGGCUGUGGAGUUCAGGGACGUACUAUUACCCUUAAGGUGAAAACAAGAAGGGAAGGUGCUGGAGAGCCAAUAAAGUAUAUGGGAUGUGGUGACUGUGAAACCACAAGUCGAUCCAUGACGAUUGCAGGUGCAACAGACAGUUUUGUCACUCUCCAGAGAAUUGCAAAACAAUUAUUUUCAGCUCUUCGUCUUGAUGUGAAGGAAGUUCGCGGAGUUGGAUUGUCAAUGUCAAAGCUUGAGCAUGCAGAUUUAGCUCGGGGAGCACCACAAGGGAAUAUGCUUGAAUCAUGGCUUGCUUCACCAGCUGCAAAACUCAAGAAACGCCGCGGUGAGAUGUUGGGGAAUGUUGAUGUCGCAGGGGCUAGCGUCCUGCAGGAUUUGAGAAGAUCUGGACCAUUAUCUAUGGCUGUGACAUCACAUUCAUCAGAAUUGAACCUUAGAAGUGAUAGGUCUUCUGGAGCUCAUAAUGUCGAGCUGCCGCCAUUAUCCCAACUUGAUUUGGAGGUCCUGAAGAACCUGCCUCCGGAAAUAAUGUCUGAAAUGAAUGACAUGUACAAGGGAGAAUUGCAAGGUCUGCUGGACACCCUCAAUAAUGAUAAGGGCAAGGAAAGUAGUUCAAAGUCUCUUGCUUUGCCAGCAGUUACUCAGAACUCUGUACCUUCUGGUGAUGCAAACCUUCAAGGAUACAGAGAUCACAAAGACUCGAUGCAUUUAGAGGAAGAUACUAAGGGAAAAUCUGUUAAACAGCUAUCAGAAGUUAAAGCAGCCAAUGAUGCUUCAUGCUCAAGAGCCUGUGAAUUAGUUCAGAGAACAUCAAAAUGUGUUACACAGCUUGAUUUGAUGCCUGAUUCUCUAAGCCAGGCAGAUCUUACAGUUCUGCAGGAAUUACCUGAGGAUGUGAAGGCUGAUUUGUUUAGCGCGCUUCCAUUACACAGAUCAGGAGAUCCUACAUGCAACGCUUCCAAUGUUUCUGAAAGUAAAUCUCCUAAUGUCAGUGGAGCUGAAAAUAAAUCUCUUAAUGAUGGCAGAGCUGAUGGCCCAAAAGACCCAAGAAUUUUUCUCCCACCAGGAAGUUCUCAGAAAUGGAUCGAACGGCUUAGAGUUAGCAGUUGCCCGAUUCUGAAUGUGAUUGCAGAGCAACACACAGAUUCCAGCUGUAGCCGACCAUUAUCUUCUAUUUUAGAACCUGUAGUUUCAUUCCUACCUUUGUGUCCAACUUCAGGUAGUGAAGAAUGGAAUGAAACACUUUCUUGUCUAUCCGAGCUUCUUAGACAGUAUAUACAACUGAAGGUUGAAACUGACAUUGAAGAGCUUUACAAAUGUUUUUGCCUUCUGAAAAGGUUUGCUUCAGAAUCAGAGUUCUUUCGGGAAUUACACGAUAGUAUUCUUCCUUUUCUACAGGAUUCCGUCAACCAACAUUAUGGUGGGACACUACAUUUCUAGCUUGGUGCUCAGGUUUAAGCCAUUUUGCUGUAGAGGGGAAGAUGCAAUGCCGCAGAAUUAGUUGUGCCUUGUGACCCUUUUAGCUUGUCAGUUGUGGUUCCAAUGCAAAGGCAUGGCCGCGUGGCUUACAUGCAUGGCAACUUUGCAACCCCACAGAACUGCACAAGUCUUCAUGCUGGCAGAUUCCUUUUUGAUGGGCCUGUGAUUAUUUCUCGUAUAAGACAACUGGUAUACUAAGUUUUUAUGGCAUCCACAACAUCUAUAGUCGCUCCUCUCUGUCAUUCAGAAUUUCUGAUGGAUAGUCUGCCCGGCCUUCUGCUGUGAGCCUGUGAUUAACCAACACUUGGAAAAACACAGCAUUUCUGAUGAAUUCUCACAGCCAAAUGAUUCGUAACAUUCAUCGCAAUGAAAUUUACACCUCCUAAUACUUCGAAGGGCUUACUGCAAGCGUGCAGCAUGAUCUUUGAGAUGGGUUAUAGAGUUAAUAUUUGCAUUAUUUGAUAAAGUGUCCGAAACCACAGUAAAAGUCCGUGCACAAUUUUCGGUAAUAUUUCAAUAUAUCCAGGGUAAAGAUGAUCCAUUCAUAGAUGCAACGAAAUACUUUCCCUUGUGUUUGUUUUCGUAUAUAAAAUUAUAAAAAUGUACACACAAACAUAUUCUCAUUCUUUUCAAAAUGGUACAGUUGCUCCAAUGUGGCUUGUGCAACCAACGUGAAGUAUAUUGUGUAUACAGAAAUGCCAAGGCACAGAUGUGGGAAGACAAAUUGAACGCUGCAACAUAUCUUUCAAUAGUUGAUCUUUUAUGUUGCAACUAUUAUUUCCGCAUGUUUCAUGGUAAAUGGUGCAUGAAACAUGGUGUCCAUGUUGCGAUAUCUUGUUUCGAUGUUGCACCGAUGGGACAUCCGGGCCCUAGCAAGCCCGUUGUGUAUACGGCAGUAAAAACCACAGCGUGGAGCUACCAAAUACCAACAGAAGGGCACCAUUGAAAAAAAAAAUGUUAAUACAACGAAUCGAGGCACCAAUGUAACCUUGUUCCGAGUCUUUUUGGAGUCCUGUUCGCUUGUCUCUUGAGUUGAUUGGCUUUUUGAACAGUUUCUCAAGGCUUUCAUGAGAGGAUCCUACAGAUGAAGGGGGGAAUAAGCUCUGAUAUAAAAAGGCAAUCGAAGUGAUGCAAUGGGACAGGCAUUUCAAGCAAUUAAAGAAAUGAAACUCCAAGAAAACAAGAAUGUUCAGCAGCUGUUCUAAGUUUCAUGCUUCCAUGGACCUCAACAACAGGUAGGGAGUAUUAGAUACCAAGUAAGUUGUCAGAUAGACGGCAGCAAGCGACAUACUCACUGAAUUGUCAGAUAACAAGUGAGUACUCACCAUAGCUCGUCUGCUGUACAGAAUAGCUUCUGAAAAUUGACAGCAUAGUCACCCAAGUUGAUCCAGAAUAUACGGUUCAACGUAUACAGACAAAAUUGUCACUGGUCUUCUUUACACUUCCUCAGUGCAUAAUCGAAGCAUCAGCUGAAAAAUAGAAAUGGAGCAUAAGAUCAUGAUGAGAAAACAGAGAAGCAAUAUGCAAAACCAUCUUGCAUACAUGUAACACAUUCUAGAUACAUAGCAAAACAGGUUAGGAAUUCAUAAGUACAAACAUAAAUGAUGGGAUGUGCCUUUCAUUUGGCUAGGUAUGAAAAGUCUUGUUACUGACAGAAUAUCUUGACAAACUUGUGUCGGGACUAUGCUGAUCAAAUGCCAUCGUAACAGGAUGUUGCUUGCCUCAAGUCAGUGCUGUACAUGUAUGCUAUAUUUAGCUUGUUAUAAAUCACAGAUAUCAAAAUUGCAAA